CUUCCUCCUGCUAUCUGGUAUCCUACAGAACCGCAUGUUAUUAGAUCAACAUAGAGAGCAUAAAUGAGUCGCUUUUAGAUUCUUCUCAGUACGCUAUGAGUAUUUAGCAACAGGUUUAACAAUAAUGUCUGCUUUAAUAAGCUGUAAGCUGUUUUAGUCAGCUGGUAGUUUAAGGUUUAUCUUCUACUCUGUUAUUAUAAACAUCAGCAUCAGUCAUAUGUGGCUCUGUGCUGAAAGUUUGCACCAUUUAAACAAGAGAUUGUGUGUUUUACAGCAGAAAAGGAGCUUUCACAGUUAGUAAGGUAACUAAGUGAAGUUUACUGAAUGUGUUUACAUGGCAACAGAUUUCUUUGGCUGUAGAUGACAGAAGUUGACCAGAUGUACGAAUGCACGCUGAUUUCAGGAGAAGUAGGUUUAGAAGCCUAGCUUUAGACCAGGGCUUCGCCUGAACUACUUUAUUUAUCUGAAGAGCAUGGGUCCCAAGCCUGGUAAAAGUCGAUCCAAAGACCAUGCCAGGCCCCUAAGAAGACUUUCUCUAGCAAAAAAUGCUCAUCAGCAGGGUAAUGCAAAACUGCAGAAAGGUCCUUCUAUUACUUCAUUUUUCAAGAACACGCCACCCUCAAAACUGGCCUGCCCGCUUUGUGGCAAGUUCAUACCUCGUUUCAAAAUCAAUGAACACAUCGACUCACAGUGUCAAGACUUUCUUGAGGAAAAUGACACACAGGCAGCAUCUGCAAGUGACAAUGAACAGGUGAAAACAUCCAGGCACUUUUUAAAUAAUGCUCCUCAGAGUGCAGAAGAAGAGAAAAAUGCAAGCAUGCAUGAAAAUGAUCAGGAUAGAAAAACAAGCCCAUAUUUUAAAAAGAAUGGCACGGCAGGGCAAGAAUCACCAAACAACAGUUCUCCCCAUUCUGGAGAGCCCAAGAUAGUCAGUCUUGGGCGGUUGUCUUCAAAACUCUCGAAAAAGGGGUUAUUUUCUUUAGAGGACUCUAAAAUUCCCAGCCCCCAAACAUCUAUUAAAGAAGAACCAGUUUUAUGUGAGCCAAGUAGUUCACAAAAAGAAAACUUUGAUGAGAAUGUAAGCCUUAAUGCUGAAGUCAUCACUAGUUGUUCAGAUUUAAGUUCUCAGGUACCAAGUGAAAAUCGUGUUGAACCUUGUGUUGAAGAAAUAAAGCAGGCCACAUCAAAAUUAGACUCCUUGGGUCCUGAUACCUUUCAGUCAGCAAACACUGCUGCUUCGUUGAGAUUAAUGAAGAGGAAGAAAGAAGAGACUCCUGGUGCAGGGGUAGCCACAAAAAUGCAGAAGAAAACACGAUUUUCAGGGAAAAGAAGUGCCAAAUCUGCAAGUGCUGAUCCAUUACCAGAUAGAAGCAGUGAUCUUCAACAAGAUGCUAGCAACUCCUCUGUGAACCAUGGUUCCCUCAGACGACCAUACUAUCUUCAGAACUUCCUAACUGUUCUCGGAACAGUGCUGGAGAAUAAGGAUGACCGAGCACUCUUCAGUGAGGAGGAACUCUCAUCUAUCCAAAGGUUCAAGCAGCUAUCAGUUCCUGGACAGAUGCUAUAUGUGCGUCUGUUUCAGAGGAAGUUAAAAUGGCUGCAAGUGAGCAAACUAGAUUAUGCUGAGAUUAGUUCAGACCUCAAUCCUGUUGUGCAAGAACUUGUCUCCUGUGCCUUCCUCCAGACAGAGUCUGAACUCACAGAGAUCCAAGAUGUAUUAGAUCUUCUACCUGCUCCGGAGCUCCGAAGUCUGGCCAAGACUUUCCACCUAGGAGGACCAGGGAGCAGUAGCCAGAAACAGCAGCUGGUGGAAGGGCUUCUCCUUUUGUCCAAACAGCGCUCCUUCUUUUCUCUUGCCCCUGGCCAAAGCAACACUGGUGCAGUCAUUCUCAAAAGGGCGAAACAGCUAGCAGGCUCCUGUAUUUAUCUGUGCCGGGAACCCCAUGCUAUGUUCUCUCGUGUCCUCCUACUUUUCUCCCUUACUGACACUCUGGAGGAGGAAGAAAUGGCAUCAGGGGGUCAAGGACAACUCUACACCAUUCUGCUGGUCAACUCUGGACGUCUGGCUUUUCCUGCCUACACAGUUCAGCGGUCUGCACAAGUGUUUAGAGACAGGGAAGAUUUAAUCAGAUAUGAAGCUGCCAUGCGAACCCUUCAAGAGGUGAUGACAGCAAUGCAAGCUGGCUGCUGGGAGGAUGCUUUAGCCCUUUAUACUUCUGCAAAGACUAGCUGGCAAAACUUGAAGCAAACUUAUGACUUAAGUUGGCAGGAGCAGUUACCUUUGUUCCUGCGUUGCUUUACAGUCGGUUGGACAUAUACACGUAUAUUGUCUCGAGGAGUUGAGAUACUACAAAGGCUGCGUCGUUAUGAGGAUGCAGUGGAUGAGCUACGUUCUCUGCUGUCUCAGUCAAUGUUCUGUCCAGACAGCAGAGGGCGCUGGUGGGACAGACUGGCACUCAAUCUCCAGCAGCACCUAAAAUGCCAUGAGCAGGCUAUCCACGGCAUCAGGGAUGGAUUGAAUGAUCCACUUGUACGGACAGGUCACCGUUUGUCACUGCACCAGAGAGCCACCAGAAUGAAGGAGUCAGCGAGUUUUAAGAAGUACCGCCUGCUCCUUCGAGACCUUCCUUCUAUCAGUGUGCAAAGUGUUACUCAUGUUACUAUUCGAGGCCAGCUUUUUCCUCAUGAGGGUGGAACAGGCAAAUCUGUGUUCCUCAGGCCUGCUGUUGGGCAUGAAGGCUCUGGAGAAGGAUGUGAUGCCAUGGUUAUAUGCUCUGUCGAGGAGCUGGCUUUGGCACACUACAGAGAACUUGGCUUCGAUCAAGGCAUUCAUGGUGAAGGCUCUACAUUCUCUACUUUGUUUGGUCUUCUGAUGUGGGACAUUGUCUACAUGAAUGUCUUGGAUGUCUUCAGAACAUCAUAUCAGACAUGUCCCCUGGACCUGUACACUGACUGUUUCUAUGAGAAUCGGAAGGAGGCUAUCGAGGCCCGGGCUGAGCUGUUGUCCGAGGCAUCCACAGAAACACUGCAGGAGCUACUGGCUGAAGUGUGGAAUUCACAGGAGGGAAGAGUUUGUGCACUUGUCAACUGGGAGAGAUUCUCUUGUCUUCAGCAAGCCCAGAGCUUAGUAGCAUGUCUAGGAGGACAGUUUUUAAGUGGUGUGGUGCUUAAAAUGGCAAAGGACUACAGACAUAGCAAAGGAGGACUUCCUGACCUGGUUGUGUGGAACACCUCAAAUAACAGCUAUAAGCUGGUGGAGGUGAAGGGCCCUAAUGACCGUCUGUCUCAGAAACAACAGAUCUGGCUGGAUGAGUUACAGAAGCUGGGUGCUGAUGUUGAAGUGUGUCACGUCACUGCUAUUGGAGCUCGUGGAGCGCGACUGGAAUAGAGACUAAAAAUGCCUUCACACAUACUGCAGCACUAAUAGACAAAACAUUUUAUUCAUGCUAGUAAAUUUUCUCUGAGGAUUGUUGAGAUGGUCCUUGUGUUCCUACAGUAUGAGCUGAUUUAAUGUAACAGUACUUCUGAUACAACUAUAACACUACAACACAUAAUACAGUAUGAAGGGAUCAUUGACUGAAUUCCUGUGGCUGCUGCUUUAACUGGGUUUUUCAUUGUCUUUUUUUUAAUAAUGUAAUUAUUAUGCUUGUGAUUGUAUAUAAUAUUCUGAAUAUAAGUGAUGUUAUAAAAAGUGUAAUAAAACUGCAUUAGGAACAGUA